AUGGGAAAUGCACGAAAUCGUCAUGGAAAUCAUAACACCGGUGGAGGUGUGGUUAUUAUGGUUGGUGGAGAUGCUGCCUGCACCGGCGGCGGCUGUGGUGGUGGAAGAGUGGGUGGCGGUUGUGGUGGUGGAGGUGGAGGAGUUGGUGUUGGUGGCGGCGGCUGUGGUAGUGGAGGAGUGGGUGGCGGUUGUGGUGGUGGAGGUGGAGGAGUUGGUGUUGGUGGCGGCGGAUGUGGUGGUGGAGGAGGGGGUGGCGGUGGAUUUGGUGGCGGAUGUGGUGGUGGAGGUGGAGGAGGAGGUGGGGGAGGAGGAUUUGGUGGAGGAGGCUGUUAA